AUGAGGGCUAAAUAUGCCGAAACCUUGAGCACUGCUCUGCAGCCCCUCGACCUAAAAUCAAGUGAGAUCAAUACUAUCUGGGAGUUUCUAUCUUCUCAUGUUCUCGACACUGCUAAAUCUACUUUAGGUUUGAGAGUUCGAAAAUAUGAGAACUGGUUUGAUGAUAAUGAUGAGGUACUUACGGACGCUAUUGAGAAACACCGUACGCUCCUAGAGCAGCACAGUAGAACUCAUCAGAGUGGAAGUGUUAAGGAGUUGCGUCAUAGUGAUCUGGAUCUGCGUAAACUCGCAAGACAAGCGAAAGAUAAGUGGUGGCAGGAGAAGGCACGUCAGAUGCAGUGGCUCGCUGAUACCAACCAGCUCGGUGAGUUUUAUACUGAGGUGCGACAUCUGCUCUGUACAUCCUCUGUGGCAAAAGUUCCACUAAAUUCAACUAGUGGUGAAGCGCUUUUUAAAAGCAGGGAAAAAUAUUCGAGCGAUGGGCGGAGCAUUUCAACACCCUACUUAACGUUGAUCAUUUUGUUGACUUAG